UAAGUUUUUAGUUCCUUUGAUCGGUUAAUGCUUAAACCGAUCCGAGAGACAGUCCCCAGUUAGCUCCUUGAUACGUGUGAACCGGACAAACGCUAGUAUUGAUCUUGGACCCAGAGAACCUCCGUCCAACUCCGUCCUACUCCGGGGAUAACAGGUUACAGAAGAUUUCAAAGCUCCGUCAGUUUCCCAGUAUCUCUCUUCACGGACGGAUCUCGCUCUCAUCUCAUGAAAAUUCGUCCCAAUUCCAAACUUUGAAAUGCAAAAUAUCAAAAGCAUUUUAUUUCGAAAAAGUAAAUAGUUUUAAGAAUCAAAGUUGGUUAGUGCUAAAUAAUAUACCUGAAAUAUGAGGAAUAGACUUUGUAGCACCAUGAGCAACAAGUUACUUAUUCUCCUUGUAUUCUUUCAAACACCUGUAUCCUACUCCAAGCUCAGAAUCCCUAUCGGAACCAUAUUCAGCAAGGCUCCUGACUGGCAGGACGUAUUCGAUGCCAUGAACCUCGCCAUGGAGGGUCAUUCGUCGGCCAACUCGAGCACCGAGUUCGAUAUGAAGUUCUAUGUGGAUAAUAUCGACACUGUAGACGCGUACAAGCUCACCAAGAUUAUCUGCAAACAGUUUCAGCGCGGAGCGUUCUCUCUGAUGGGAUCCGUGGAUCCAGAAUCAUUUGACACUCUUCACUCAUUCUCAAAUGCAUUCGAGAUGCCCUUCGUUACACCCUGGUUCCCGGAGAAGAAGUCAGACAGUUCUGACGGGAGUCUUGAUUUCGCAGUUCAGAUGCAACCAGACUACCAUCAGACAAUUGUGGAUCUUAUUGUACACUACAACUGGAACUCAGUGAUUUAUAUCUAUCAUUCCCUGGAGGGGCUCCACAGACUUCAGAAGAUUUAUAAAUCUAUCCCAAAGAAUGGGUUUGGGUCUCCUGUGUUCUAUGUCCAGACAGCCAAGAAAAUAGAAACUGCUGAGGAGGGGGUGGAGUUUCUUAAAGAACUUGAAUAUCUAGAUCGUGAAUCUAUCAAGCAUAUUAUUCUCGACUGUCCUGCUAAUAUUGCUAAACAGAUGAUAGUUAAACACGUUCAAACUAUUGUGUUAGGACGAAGAAACUAUCAUUAUCUGAUGUCUGGUCUGGUUCUGGAUGAGGUUUGGGAAGGUUCUGUUCAAGAAUACGGAGCCAUUAAUAUUACCGGACUCAGAAUUGUUCAAUAUGGAUCCGAUAUAUCAAAGCAUUUUUUCUCCAGAUGGAAGAGUCUAGAAAAGAUCCCACGUGGUAGAAAGAACAGUAUUUCCGCUGAAGGAGCUCUCGCCUUCGAUAUAGUCAAUCUUCUCAUCAGCUCAUUCAACAAUCUUCUCAGACAAACUCCUGACGCAUUCAAACCAAAGAAGAAAAGUCGUGUAGAGUGCGGAGAUAUGAGUGGACAAGAGAAACCAGGAACAUGGGAGCAUGGGCAGACAAUUCUCAAGUUCAUUAGAUCCGCCCAACUUCAAGGGUUAACAGGAAUGAUAUCGUUUGACCGACAGGGUCGCCGCUACAACUUUAGCCUGGAUGUGCUAGAGAUGACUUCUAGGAGUGAACUAGUUCAGAUUGGAACCUGGUCUGAUACUAUUGGUUUAUCUCUAGCCAGCUCACCUAUUAUCAGAAACCAUCCGGUUCAGACAAAAAAAUUAACAUCUCAAACCUUUGUGAUGACGACAAUACUGGAGGAACCCUACAUGAUGCUUGCUAAACCUAGGAAAGGAGAAACCCUGGUUGGAAAUGAUAGAUAUGAAGGAUACUGCAAGGACCUGGCGACCCUGAUUACCAGUCUAACCGGGAUAAAGUUUCAAAUAAAACCUGUAAAUGACAGCAAAUACGGUUCUCCGGACCCUCUAGCACCUGGAGGAUGGAACGGUAUGGUUGGAGAACUUGUAAGAAGAGAAGCUGAAAUAGCGAUUGCUCCGCUUACGAUUAACUCACAAAGAGAACAGGUUGCGGAUUUUACUAAACCUUUCAUGUCUCUAGGGAUAUCAAUAAUGAUAAAGGAACCUGUGAAACAACGACCAGGAGUUUUUACGUUCAUGAACCCGCUAAGUCUAGAAAUCUGGAUGUGCGUACUCUUUGCUUAUAUUGGAGUCAGCAUAGUCCUCUUCCUUGUUAGCAGAUUUUCUCCGUAUGAAUGGCAAAUAGAAGAAUCAAUCGCUGGAACUACAGUAUCAAACCAUUUCAGUGUUAUCAACUCACUUUGGUUUGCUCUAGGUGCUUUUAUGCAGCAGGGAAUAGAUAUAACUCCUAGAUCUGUAUCUGGCAGGAUAGUCGGUGGUGUUUGGUGGUUCUUUUCGCUUAUCCUCAUAUCUUCUUACACAGCGAACCUGGCGGCUUUUCUAACUGUGGAUAGAAUGGUUGCUCCGAUUAACUCCGCUGACGACCUUGCAGCUCAGACUGAGAUUGAGUAUGGAGCUCUGGAUGGAGGUUCUACCGUCGCAUUUCUUAAAAACUCAAAGAUCUCAGUUUACUCCAGGAUGUGGGAAUUUAUGUCAUCGAGACCAUCAGUGUUAGCUUUAAGUACUGCCGAAGGAAUACUUCGUGUUAGAGAAUCUAAGGGAAAAUAUGCUUUUCUUAUUGAGUCUUCCACUAAUGAAUAUGUGAAUGAACGCCAACCCUGCGACACUAUGAAGGUAGGAAAGAACCUAGAUGCCAAGGGGUAUGGAAUAGCUACUUCUCGAGGUUCAGGAUUAAAGGAUAUUAUAAACCUGGCUGUUCUAAACCUGACUGAGAAUGGAGAUCUAGCUAAACUCAAGAACAGAUGGUGGUAUGACAGAUCUGAAUGUAAAAAAGAGAAGGAGAAAGCUGCUAAAAGUGAAUUAUCUCUUAGCCAUGUUGCUGGCAUUUUCUAUAUUCUCAUCUGUGGACUUGUUCUGGCAAUGAUAACUGCGCUAAUUGAGUUCUGCUAUAAAGCUAGUACAGAGAGUAAGAAAGCCAAGGUUCCAAUGUCGGACGCAAUGAAGAAUAAGGCAAGAUUGGCACUCUCAGGUGGACGAGAUAUUGAUAGAAUUAUGCUCUAUGGAGAUUCAUCCGCCUUUUUUCUUUUUAAAUUCAGGAGUUGUGUUUUGUUACGCGAAAGUUUGCUUUCAUCUCUUACCAAAAAAAAGUUAUGUACAAUUUCAUAAUGUUGACGGAGUGUAAUUAAACUUUUUUAAACCUCAAAAGCUCAUUGCUAAAUCAAAUGUUAUCAGUAUUUUUUAAAGCGCAAAUAGAUCUUAUUUUAGUUAAAAAGAGAGUUCAGAGAGCUGCGAUUAAAAUGUUAAAUUGUGACCAUGGUCAAUAAUACUAGAAAUUAGGAUGUACAUAUUUAAAAUACCGAGACACCCCAUGACUGCAUGUUUCUGAUACUCACUGCUUAAAAAAAUGUGUACACACAGCAAGAACAUUAUUUUUUCACAAUUCAAAAAUGUUUAGCGCGGCCAUUUUGAUUUUAAACAGAUCACAAAUCAAACUAGGCUGGCUAAUAUUCAUACUUUUUAAAAAAAAUUCUCCAAUCAAGUUUUAAACUUAUUAUUAAAUGCAGUUUGAUAUGACAAGAAAAAGAGUAUGUUUAUAUGAUUAGUUAGAUCUAAAUUAAUGUUACCAUUUUUCCAUACUUAACACAAGUUUGAGGUAUAAAAUUGAGUGAGAGUUAAAGAAACCUAAGCACAUAAAAAUUGAAGACAUGUUUCAUGAUAAAGGUGAUAGGUCAUGAAAAAAUAUAUAUUUAGUUUUGUAUAAUUGAAUAGACUGAACCAAACUGUAUCAACUAAAUCACUUAGAAAUAAUAGUUUUUGGUUUCAGACAAAAUACGCAUUUUCAUGAUUUUUUUUAACAAAUUGCUCAAAAUAUCCUUUUUAAAACAAUGCAGAAAAGUGGAAUUCCUAUUUUUGUCUUGUUUACUCUAUGGAUUCUCACCAUAUUUAGCACCAAUGCAGCUCAAAAUAGGUAUAAGUCUAAUCCACUUACUGAGAAAUUGAAGUUUGUUUUUAAACUAUAAACUGAAUUUAUGAUGGUGUAUCUUUCGACCUACGCAAAUCUGCUACACUCCACUUCUGACCAACAGCACGUGGUUUUACAGCUCCAUGGACUUGUAGCCACAGCGUCCGGCCCCCUAGUCUGUCCUAGCCGUAGUGCUCGGACCAGAAAUUGUCUUAACCUAACCUAACCCUAAAAUAAUGCAAAAAUAAACAGCCGGCGUAGGUUAGAUAUUGCAAUAGGUCGGAAAGUUAGUAGGUCAGAAGUUCAGUAGGGGUGAUGUUGCGUAUAGACGAUUUAACGUUACCAAUUUGUUUCUCGACUCGCACCGGUCCUUAUCCUGUUUACAUCUUUAAAGCGGACCUGUGCAUAAAAAUUAAACAUUUCACCAUUGAUCUAUUUUUUAUACUGUAAUUCAGGAAACAUAAGCUAAUUGUAAAAAUUUGUCUCUUUGUAAAUAGAUAACCUAAUCUUGGUGAAUGCAAGUGUACAACUUAAUAGUUAAUACAUUCUAAAAGUGUACACUGACUGUCACUGACACAAUAUACGUGUAUGUUGUAAAUAUGAGAUGUACUCCAUGAUACCCAAUCAUUUCUUGUGUUUUUUCAUUUGUCCUUUCAUUGAACUUUUUGUCUUGUAAUGUAGAUUUAAAGCUUCAGAAAAUUUUUGAAAACUAGUUCUCUAAUAAACAAAAUUAUGGUUAUAAAACUGUAGUAAACCUAACAUCAAUAUUUUAGCCAAAUUAAAGACAUUUCUAAAAACCUUCAGACUUAAUUAAAAUAUAGGGUUUAAAUUUGCUCAUGCAGUAUUUAAUAAAUGUACCCUCCAUAAUAUAAGGCUAUAAUAUUGUUGAUUAUCUCUCAUAUUAAAUUGUCAUUUUGUAAGCAACCUGUAAUAUUGUAUACAGCAAAAACGGAAAUUCUAACAUUUACUCCAAUAAAACUAAAAAAAAAUCAAAAUAAUUUCUGAACUACUUUCAAAAGCGUUACAAAAUUUACUGUUAGAUAUUCUUAAAAAAUAUUAAGGAAUUGUUUGUAGUAAUUUUAAUGUUAGUCUAUACUUUAAACUGUUAGGAGUAGUACAACUUUUUACAACAAUUUAUGUACAUAAAUGUACCCAAAUACCUCCCCACCUUGCUUCUGUGUUGCUCCUUUUAAAAAAUUAGAAAGAUAAAGUAUAAAUUACAUUGUUUUUGUUCUUCCUCAAUCUAAACUAUAAUUACAAAUUAUAAACAAGAUUGCUUGAAUGUCGUCUUACUAAUCCACAAUUUUUUGGGUCCGACUGUAGUAAGUAAAAUAUGUACAAUGUUUUCUGUAAGUGUAGUUGUAUUUUAUUAAAACGUUAAUGUUUCCUUAUUGUAUAAAAUCCCAAAUAUUUAAAGGGACUGUGCGACGUAAUAAGUGACUAUUUAUUUGAAGAAUGGCAUGCUCGAUUCACAAGGGUACCUUAAACCUUGGUCUGAAGAUCAACGACAGAGCUGAAAAUAUGGAUUUGUCGGUUCUUGAUUUUCAUUCGAACGUUAAAAGGGUACUGUUGUAAAUCGAACAUGCUACAAAUAAUGGAUUAUUAAAUCUACGUCUACAGUACCUUUAACUUUACAAUAGUAGUUGGAUAACUGCUACACAUACAUAUACUGUUCUGUGAUUCUCUAUUAUAAUUAACCAUGUAAAUAAAGUUAUUCAGUUCUUUA